UAAAAAGGGUCCACCGUCACUCUCAAAAAAAUAAAUAAUAAAAAAAAGAAACUCUCUUUCGAAGAAACUUCCAAAGACUAUUUUUCUAAGCUUUGCUUAAGCAUAGUGCUUAACUCCCCCAAUUUCUUAUGCCGGCCAAACUCAUUUUUCUUUUCUCUUUCAAAUCCAAAUCAAAUUUGAUUCAAAAAAUAAUAAAGUUUCAAUCUUUUUGGAUCCAAAUUAAAUCUCAACAAACCCCAUUUUCAGUUUUGAAGAAGAAGAAGAAGAAUAAUAAUCAGUGUUGGGAUCAAAUCUGAAUCCAAUUCAGUUUCUGGGUAUUUUCUUAAUCUUCAAAAAAACUCAACUUGGAUUCCAUUUUGAUCUCUAAUUCUCAUUGGGACAUUCUUUACUUUCUUCCAUUUUCAUAUAAAAAGAUGGUAUCUAGAGAGGAUCAUAAGACAGACCUUGAUUCAGAUGAGGAGCUUCCAUUCAGUAGUUCAUCACCAACCAAAAGAAAAAUUCAUUCAUUGGAUUUUGAGAUACCUCAUAAUCAUAUGCAUUCUUCAAACCUAGACAUUGCAACAAAGUCAAGAACAUUUAAUUUUAUGACGAUUAGUAUACUUCGGAGUAUCUACAUUGUGUUAAUCAGAGCGAAAAUCAACGUCUUGCUACCGUUUGGCCCCUUGGCGAUUCUGCUACAUUAUACUACCGGCAAGCAUGGAUUGGUUUUCUUCUUGAGCUUAGUGGGAAUUAUACCUCUGGCAGAGCGUUUAGGAUAUGCAACAGAGCAACUUGCUUUUUUCACCGGGCCAACAGUUGGAGGUCUUUUAAAUGCUACAUUUGGCAAUGCAACCGAAAUGAUUAUAUCAAUCUAUGCUUUAAAGAUUGGAAUGAUUAGAGUUGUGCAGCAAUCUUUACUUGGCUCCAUCUUAUCAAACAUGCUUUUAGUGCUCGGAUGCGCCUUCUUUACUGGUGGGAUAAUUCAUUCUGAGAAAGUUCAGGUUUUCAACAAGGCAGCUGCCAUAGUGAAUUCGGGUUUGCUGUUGAUGGCUGUGAUGGGGCUAAUGUUUCCCGCCGUGCUUCACUUUACGCAUUCAGAAGUUCAUUUCGGGAAGUCAGAGUUGUCUCUUUCGAGAUUUAGCAGUUGCAUAAUGCUAGUGGCAUAUGCAAGCUACCUAUACUUUCAACUUAGAAGUCAAAAUAAUCUUUACAGUCCUGUAGAUGAGCAGGAAGUAGAUAAUAAUGACGAUUCGGAGGAAGAAGAAGUUCCUGAGUUAACUCAAUGGGAAGCAAUUGGAUGGCUUGCUAUUUUGACAGGUUGGGUAUCCAUCUUGUCUGGAUAUCUUGUUGAUGCCAUUCAGGGAGCGUCGGACUCGUUGAACAUGCCUGUGGCUUUCAUUAGUGUCAUUUUGCUUCCUAUUGUAGGAAAUGCUGCAGAGCAUGCAAGUGCAAUAAUGUUUGCCAUGAAAGAUAAGCUAGAUAUCACACUUGGAGUUGCUAUUGGCUCAUCCACACAAAUAUCCAUGUUUGUGAUUCCGUUCUGCGUUGUUGUCGGAUGGAUCAUGGGAAAACCAAUGGAUUUAAAUUUUCAACUCUUUGAGACUGCUACACUCUUCAUUACAGUGCUAGUUGUGGCAUUUAUGUUACAGGAAGGAACAUCAAACUAUUUUAAGGGCUUGAUGCUUAUUCUCUGCUAUCUCAUAGUUGCAGCCAGUUUCUUCGUCCACGUUGACCCUUCAAACGCAGAUGAUAACUAGAAUUUGAGUAAAGUGGCAAAGUGGCUUUUUCAUGUGGGAAAUAUAGAAAAGAUGUCCACUACAAAAUGGUAGCUACAAACAAUUUAUAUACUUUGAGGCUGCAUAUAUUUCAUUCUUGUGGAAAAUCCAUUUCAUCUUUGCAGCUAAGAAAAGUUUUCUUUUUUCAUCAUUGUAUAAUAGAAUUUGAUUAUGUUUUGACAUUAACAAAUAUUAAUCUCUAAUCUUUUUGGGUGGGGAGAGUUCUUCAGUUUUGGUGAAAUUGUUAUCAUUCUUUUUAUGAUGCUUCUCAUAAAUGCGCACACUGAUUU